AUGCCUCAGACGAAUAAAGCGAAUAGUUCUGCAGCAGGCGGCCCUGGGCAGGUGUCUGCACUGGACCAUUGUGAACCGCCGCCACCUCAAGCCGAGCCCAGGGACCUGGCCGCGGGGGACGGAGAGGAUGGAGGAGAGGAAGACCAGGGAGACCUCCUGAUCAACAAGUCACCCAGCGAUCCCAAGAAGUACAGGUACGGUCUAAGAUCAACUUGAAAUUAAUAACAUUUAUAAAUUCAAAUAUAUAGCUGCAUAACUGUGUAAACCAGUAAAUCAUGGCAUCAUCUGAGUGAUUGCGAAUUUCUCUGUCCAUCCCAGGUUGUGGUGUUUUCAGUUUCACUGAAGUAGAACUGGCUUAUCAUAUUUUCAUACAUUUUGCUCGCUCUGCAGGUAUAUCGAGCUGACCAAUGGCCUGAGAGUUCUUCUCAUCUCAGACUUUAGUGGGUCAGACGGCAAGGACGCCUGUAGGGAGGAAGAGGAGGGGGCAUCAGCGUCAGGAGGUGGAGAGGAAGCGGAAGAAGAGGGGAGGGCACAGAGGAGGAGGACGAGGUUGAGGAAGAGGAGCACGACAGUGACUUUGAGGAGAAGAGAAACCGAACAAAGGGAGCUCAGAGAAACAGGUUGGUGUCGCUGUGGUACAAUACUAUGGUACGAUACUAGGCUAAUGCUUUCACAGAUGAAUGACCCAACAGCUCAAAGAGAGAGCAUAGCCACAAGGGUGCUAUGCAAGCCAAGGUCAAAUCAUUACACAGUGAUCUUCAGGUCUGAAAGUCAGAACUCUAGAAAGAUGUCUGAGUUUCCGACUUGGAAUUCCGAGUUUGAUGACCGUUCAAAAUGAUUUUUCCCAGUCGGAUCUCGUUUUUUCAGUUCCCAGUUGUCUUGAACGCACUGAAGUCGGAAGUUGGAGAUUUCCGAGUUCCCAGUUGUUUUGAACACAGCAUUAGUCUCAGCAGAGGGAGAGUAACAGAGGGUCCACCUCUCACGGUCCCUGCUCUCUCCUUCCUUUCCUCCAGUGACCAGAGAGAGGGGACACUGUCUUCCACCUGAUGGUGAAACUCGAGUCGCACCGCAUCUGAACAAAUUCAUGUUGUUCUUAUGACCAGAGAAAGUUAAAUAUUCCUAGAUAUUAAGAGACACGACAAGCUGCGAAUAAUAAUAAAUAAAAACAUAGACAUGAACUCACUCAUAAAAACAGCAGCUCUUUGCUGUAUUCUUUGACAGUCCAUCUCUGGUCAUGGUUUUAAAAGUUAUUAAAUCUCACGUAGGCUAGUAUCAAACUUUGCUGUAUCCUGGGUUGUGGAAGCUGAAGGAACGGUGAAUUGAGCUAUCCGAUUGGCCAGCGCAGUAGGCAAACUCGAUUUAGCCCCAGAUCUCCCAGUCCGCCGGGCAGGCAGUUUGUCUUUUCAGACAAAUGAAAUGGUUCAAUAUGGGAACACUUUGCCUGCCCGGUGCGCAGGGCUUCUGAAUCAAGUGCACCUACCGGCAACAGGGCUUCUGAAUCAAGUGCACAUACCGGCAACAGGGCUUCUGAAUCAAGUGCACCUACCGCCAACAGGGCUGCUGAAUCAAGUGCACCUACCGCCAACAGGGCUGCUGAAUCAAGUGCACCUACCGCCAACAGCGCAACACCAAUAAUAUAUAAAAGGAGCAGGCCUAUAUCGUUGGCUUUUCUCCAGAAAUGUUUGGUGAUCGACAAGGAAUGCCUUGAAGAUCGACCAGUCGAUCGACCGAUUGGUGACCACUGCUCUAUGGAAAGUGUUCUAAAGAGUGGGGACUGAUGGAAUUUAUUAAGUGAAAGGGCGGGAGACGGGGGGCAUGCAUCCUCGUGUGUGUGUGUUUUCCUCAUCCCUCCUGUGUCUCCCAGUCUGCAGCUGCUCUCUGUAUCAAUGUGGGGAGCUUCAGUGACCCAGAGGACCUUCCAGGAGGACAGUGAGUACUUCUGUACUGUAGCGCCACAGAAUACUUUCUCAAUCUAACACUACAUUGGAACACUACCUAUAAACUAACACUACAUUGGAACACUACCUAUAAACUAACACUACAUUGGAACACUACCUAUAAACUAACACUACAUUGGAACACUACCUAUAAUCUAACACUACAUUGGAACACUACCUAUAAUCUAACACUACAUUGGAACACUAUCUAUAAUCUAACACUAUCUAUAAUCUAACACUACAUUGGAACACUACCUAUAAUCUAACACUACAUUGGAACACUACCUAUAAACUAACACUACAUUGGAACACUACCUAUAAACUAACACUAUCUUGGAACACUACCUAUAAUCUAACACUACAUUGGAACACUACCUAUAAACCUAAUACUACAUUGGAAUCACUACCAUAGAAUCUAACACUACCAUGGAAACACUAGACCCUAUAAACUAAGACUACAUUGGAACACUACCCUAUAAUCGAACACUACCAUUGGAACACUACCCUUAAUAAAUAAACUAACACCACAUUGGAACACUACCUAUAAUCUAACACGACAUUGGAAACACUACCCUAUAACCUAACAUCUACAUUGGAACCACCUAUCAUCUAACACUACCUUGGAACACUACCGAUAAACUAACACUAUCUAUAAGCUAACACUACUUGAACACUACCUAUAAACUAACACUAAUUGGAACACUACUAUAAGCUGACACUACUUGGGGAACACUACCUAUAAACUAACAACUACAUUGGAACACUACCUAUAUCUAACACUACAUUGGAACACUACCGAUAAACUAACACUUCGAUAAUCUAACACUACAUUGGAACACUACCUAUAAACUAACACUACCAUUGGAACACUACCUAUAAUCUAACACUACAUUGGAACACUACCUAUAAACUAACACUACAUUGGAACACUACCUAUAAUCUAACACUACAUUGGAACACUACCUAUAAACUAACACUACAUUGGAACACUACCUAUAAUCUAACACUACAUUGGAACACUACCUAUAAACUAACACUACAUUGGAACACUACCUAUAAUCUAACACUACAUUGGAACACUACCUAUAAACUAACACUACAUUGGAACACUACCUAUAAUCUAACACUACAUUGGAACACUACCUAUAAACUAACACUAUCUAUAAUCUAACACUACAUUGGAACACUACCUAUAAACUAACACUACAUUGGAACACUACCUAUAAUCUAACACUACAUUGGAACACUACCUAUAAACUAACACUACAUUGGAACACUACCUAUAAUCUAACACUACAUUGGAACACUACCUAUAAUCUAACACUACAUUGGAACACUACCUAUAAUCUAACACUACAUUGGAACACUACCUAUAAACUAACACUACCUAUAAUCUAACACUACAUUGGAACACUACCUAUAAACUAACACUACAUUGGAACACUACCUAUAAUCUAACACUACAUUGGAACACUAUCUAUAAUCUAACACUACAUUGGAACACUACCUAUAAACUAACACUACCUAUAAUCUAACACUACCUAUAAUCUAACACUACAUUGGAACACUAUCUAUAAUCUAACACUACAUUGGAACACUACCUAUAAUCUAACACUACCUAUAAUCUAACACUACAUUGGAACACUACCUAUAAACUAACACUACAUUGGAACACUACCUAUAUCUAACACUACAUUGGAACACUCCUAUAAACUAACACUAACCUAUAAUCUAACACUACAUUGGAACACUACCUAUAAACUAACACUACAUUGGAACACUACUAUAUCUAACACUACAUUGAACACUACUAUAAACUAACACUACCAUUGGAACACUACCUAUAAUCUAACACUAGCUAUAAUCUAACAUACAUUGGAACACUACCUAUAAUCUAACACUACAUUGGAACACUACCUAUAAACUACACUACAUUGGAACACUACCUAUAAUCUAACACUACAUUGGAACACUACCUAUAAACUAACACUACAUUGGAACACUACCUAUAAUCUAACACUACAUUGGAACACUACCUAUAAUCUAACACUACAUUGGAACACUACCUAUAAUCUAACACUACAUUGGAACACUACCUAUAAACUAACACUAUCUAUAAACUAACACUACAUUGGAACACUACCUAUAAACUAACACUACAUUGGAACACUACCUAUAAUCUAACACUACAUUGGAACACUACCUAUAAUCUAACACUACAUUGGAACACUACCUAUAAACUAGAUGUUUGUCUGUGUGCCUGUCUUUCUCUCUAUUUCUCUACCUGGUCUUCCCUAAAAUCUCUUGAGUCUCUUUUCUCUCUCGUUCUCUCUUUUUCAGUGAUGUUCAUGGGCAGUGAGAAGUACCCUGCUGAGAACGGCUUCGAUGCCUUCCUAAAGAAGCACGGCGGCAGCGACAACGCCUCCACCGACUGCGAGAGGACCAUCUUCCAAUUUGACGUCCAGAGGAAGUAUUUCCGCAAGGCACUCGACAGGUGAGCCAAGCUGCCCUAAAUGGACAGUUCAGCCCGAAACCAACAUUUUGUUGCAUGUUUUCAUGCCUCAAAAGUGGUCCUAAAUGUAACUUAAUUCGUUUCAAAACGCUUUGCAACGAAAAAGUAAAACCAGGUAGAUACCUCCCCGUUUCAGACCAUUUUCCUUAAUUUGUUGCCAAAUGAAUAAGAUCCCAGGUGUGCAGUUCGUCAUUGGAUGAUCUCUCCAAUUCCCCAGAUGGGCCCAGUUCUUCAUCUGCCCCCUGAUGAUCGAGGACGCCAUUGACAGAGAGGUGGAGGCAGUGGACCGUGGUGAGUCAGGGAGUAGCACUAGUAGUAGGAGGAAACUACCAGCCUUGUCUCAAUAGUCUAGAGGUCUCCUCCCACUUUCUCCUUCGUCUGCUCCGUUUGGUUUCAAACAGUUGGUCAGCAUGAAUGAUGGACACGAGAUGAAAAGAGACCCCUGUAAACAACUGAGACCCUCCCCAUCUCCCAUUUUCUCUCUCUGUUUUUUCUUUCUCUCUCAUCUUUCUCUCUCUUCUCUCUCUCUAGUCUCACUCUCGCCAGUCUCUCUCUCUCUAGUCUCUCUCUCUCUUUCUCCAGUGUCUCUCUCUCUGGUCUCUCUCUCUAGUCUCUCUCUUGCCGGUCUCUCUCUCUCCGGUCUCUCUCUCUCUGUCUGGACUCUCUCUAGUCUCUCUCUUUCUAGUCUCUCACCUCUCUAGUCGCUCUCUCUCUAGUCGCUCUCUCUCUAGUCUCGCUCUCUCUCCGGUCUCUCUCUUUCUCUCUCUCUCUCUCUCCGGUCUCUCUCUCUCUCUGGUCUCUCUCUCUAACUCUCUCUCUCUCACUCUCUCUCUCUCUCUCUCUCUGGUCUCUCUCUCUCUCUCUGGUCUCGGUCUGGACUCUCUCGUCUCUCUAUCUCUCUCUGUCUGGACUCUCUGUAGUCUCGCUCUCUCCGGUCUCUCUCUCUCUGGAUUGUCAAUGCCUCUCCCUUUGAUGUGCAGAGUACCAACUGGCUCGGCCGUCAGACACCCACCGCAAGGAGAUGCUGUUCGGAAGCCUGGCCAAGCCCAAGCACCCCAUGGGCAAGUUCUGCUGUGGUGAGGAUACACAGAUACACACAGCUAUGUCCCAAUGAUAUCUUCUUCCUCCCAAAGUCUGCACUUUUUCACUUCCCUUUCCUAGCCCAUGACUCCACCAAUCCAAUGUUUUAAGAUUUGUGGGAAGUAGUGAACAAGUAUACACUUCAUGAAAAGGGAGAUAUUAUUGGGACGCACCCAUAGAGUACUAGUCUGGUAGGGGUUUGAAUGUGCUACCCUGGUACCAUAGGCUUCCAUUGUUUGACAAACAUUCUAAUUCUAGUUAUCCUGCUGGUAAAACAAAUAGUUGUAUGUAUUUUCAUGUGGACUGUCUUUUUCAUUUGGACUGUCCUGCUUGUAAAUGUCCCUAAGAUCGUCAAGUGAUGUCUGGCUUUAAAUAUGCACACACUGAGCAUGUAUUACAUAGCUAUGGAUGGUAGUGUCGAUCUCAGCAUGUUUAAUAAUGCUGAAGAACGGUGUAUAAACAUUUAAUAACUUCAAUAACUGUGUAAUGACGGUGUGAAAGCAUUCAUAAAAGCUGUAAUAACGGAUAUGUCAUGUCCUUGGUCUCCUCCAGGAAAUGCUCAGACUCUGAAGCACAAGCCCAGAGAGAAGCAGAUCAACACCUACCAGCGUCUGUGAGACUUCUGGAAGAGAUACUACUCUGCCCACUACAUAACCCUCACAGUGCAGUCCAAAGGUAGCUGGCCAACCGGCCAAACACAAAGGAUCCCGUCUCCUUUACUGAAAUGAAUGAGGAUUGUAGUCAGUCUAUUGAAAUGAAUGAGGAUUGUAGUCAGUCUAUUGAAAUGAAUGAGGAUUGUAGUCAGUCUACUAAAAUGAGUGAGGAUUUUAGUCAGUCUACCAAAAUGAGUGAGGAUCAGUCUACUGAAAUUAACUGGACUCAACUGCUCUUGUCUGGCUAUCAGAGACACUGAACACACUGGAGGAAUGGGUUAGAGAGAUCUUCAGCAAGGUGCCCAACAAGUAAGCACACACGGCGACACGCACACACACGUACUCACUCAAAACACUGUCAAAUAAAACAUUCUGUGUAUUUUCACGUUUUGUUUCCAGUGCUCUACCAAGACCUGACUUCUCUGACCUCAGGACCCAUUCGACACACCAGCCUACAGAAGUACACAGGCUUUAAAUGAACAUUUAUACGUGUCAUCAUAUCAACCUGUACUAACUCGAUGUACCAAUUCCUCAAUUUCAAUUGUGUGUGUGUGUUACAGUUGUUCCUGUGAGGAAGGUGCAUGCUCUCACCACCACCUGGACCUUACCCCCUCAGGACAAGCUGGACAGGUGAGCCUUUUGUACCUUCUAAUAUUUUGAACCUUUUGUACUUGUUUCAAAGACCAUUUGAGCUAAGAUUGCUGUUUUAUGUCUCCAUUGUUAUGAAUAGCAUUGGAUACCGUCUUUGUUUGUCUUGGUGUCUCCAUGUAGGGUGAAGCCCUUGCACUACAUCUCUUGGUUGAUUGGCCACGAAGGCACCGGCAGCAUCCUAUCCCUGCUCCGGGAGAAGUGCUGGGCCUUGGCUCUGUUUGGAGGGAACAGUGAGAUGGGCUUUGACCAGAACACCACCUACUCCAUUUUCUCCAUAUCUGAGCGUCACUGACGAAGGCUUCCAGAACUUCUAUCAGGUCAGCUGGUGCAAACACACACACACACGCUCAUAUGAGAAGACUCUCACACACACACACACACACACACAAUCACACACAUGUUCACGUGAGAAGACUCACACACACACACAUGCUCAUGUGCGAAGAGUCUAACACACACACACAGACACAGUCUAGUUUUAACCAUGCAGCUGUUUCCCUCUACAGGUGGUUCAUCUAGUGUUCCAGUACAUGAAGAUGCUGCAGACUGUGGGUCCACAGCAGAGGAUCUAUGAAGAAAUCCAGAAGAUGAAGCCAAUGAGUUCCACUACCAGGAGCAGGUACAGUUUCACUUCCCUUAGUCCCUCCGUCACAAAGCUGACUUUAGACUGUCGUUACCAUGACGUCACUACCAUGACAUAACACUGUCAUAAGUUGUGUGCUUGAGGUUUUUUCGUUUAGGAUUCUGCCCUAAUAUGGUUCUGUAUCUCUGAACCCCUGUCCUAUCAUCCUGCCACAGACCGACCCCAUAGAGUAUGUGGAGAACAUCUGUGAGAACAUGCAGCUCUUCCCCAAAGAGGACUUCCUGACUGGAGACCAGCUCCAGCCCAGCCCUAAAGAGUUUGGUUGCACCACAGUAUUGGCAGAACAAUAGCAACUUCUAAAGCCUGUACUGCAACUGUAAUGCACGCAACUGUAUACUUCAUGUGUGUGUGUCCUCUACAGGUGACCGCCUCGACCAUGGCCCUGCUCACCCCAGAGAGGGCCAACCUGCUUCUGCUGUCCCCAGAGCACGAGGGCCACUGUUCCCUCGAGGAGAACUACAGCACAGAGGGUAAGAGCAGGGCUGUGUUGGAGAUUAUAUUCAGCCACCUUCAGAAGGACGUUGGAUUGAUUUUUUAAAAGUAUCUUAUUCUGUAAUGACCAUUUACCAUGUCAUCAUGUAAAUACAUGGUAAUGUAUAUACUGUAAAAGAAAGUGCUGCCCUUUGUUUUUCUGUAAACUUAUCCUUGAAACCCAGUUACAGGGAUUGACUGAAAUUAGGCCCACAGUCAUUGUUAUCAAUAUCUUGUUCCAGAAUAUGUUCAAUCCAUAGAUCACUCCACAUACUCAGUGUGGCUGUAUAUUCACAGACCAUUUCCUGACAUGAUGGUGUGUGUGACGUUAAUGUGGUGUGUUCGGCCUGUCUGUCUGUCUGUGACGGAGCCCUAUGGGCCCUGAUCAAAAGCUGUGCAUUGUAUAGGAAAUAGGGUGCUUUGGGAUGUAACCUGAGUGUCCUGUUCUGUCCUGGCAGACCUCCCUGAGGAGCGGGCACAGCGCUGGGCCAGAGACUUUGACCUCAACCCCGACCUCCACUUGCCCGCUGAGAACAAGUUCAUUGGUCAGUACAGAUGAUGGACAUUGUUGUGUACCAAUCACAUCCACUCUACAACAUUCACUUUUUGGUCUAUUGAUAUUGUUAUACAUGCUUUGCCAUAUUCAUAUUCCUAUCCCGUUUCUUGUUUCCAUAGCAACGGAUUUCACCCUGAAACCGUCGGACUGUCCUGACACAGAAGUCCCGGUGCGGAUAGUGAACAACGAGAGAGGCUGUCUCUGGUUCAAGAAGGACAAUAAGUUCAAGAUACCUAAAGGUGUGGUGGUAUGUGUUUUUUUGUUAACAUACCUGGUAAUGACUCUUGUUAGCUUGGGCUUCUUAGGUAGUAUAUAACCGCUACUUAGGUAGUAUAUAACCGCUACUUAGGUAGUAUAUAACCACUACUUAGGUAGUAUAUAACCGCUUCUUAGGUAGUAUAUAACCGCUACUUAGGUAGUGUAUAACCGCUACUUAGGUAGUAUAUAACCGCUACUUAGGUAGUAUAUAACCGCUACUUAGGUAGUAUAUAACCGCUACUUAGGUAGUAUAUAACCGCUUCUUAGGUAGUAUAUAACCGCUACUUAGGUAGUAUAUAACCGCUACUUAGGUAGUAUAUAACCACUACUUAGGUAGUAUAUAACCACUACUUAGGUAGUAUAUAACCGCUUCUUAGGUAGUAUAUAACCGCUACUUAGGUAGUGUAUAACCGCUACUUAGGUAGUAUAUAACCGCUUCUUAGGUAGUAUAUAACCGCUACUUAGGUAGUGUAUAACCGCUACUUAGGUAGUAUAUAACCGCUACUUAGGUAGUUUAUAACCGCUACUUAGGUAGUAUAUAACCGCUACUUAGGUAGUAUAUAACCGCUACUUAGGUAGUUUAUAGCCGCUACUUAGGUAGUAUAUAACCGCUACUUAGGUAGUAUAUAACCGCUACUUAGGUAGUAUAUAACCGCUACUUAGGUAGUAUAUAACCGCUACUUAGGUAGUGUAUAACCGCUACUUAGGUAGUAUAUAACCGCUACUUAGGUAGUUUAUAACCGCUACUUAGGUAGUGUAUAACCGCUACUUAGGUAGUGUAUAACCGCUACUUAGGUAGUGUAUAACCGCUACUUAGGUAGUAUAUAACCGCUACUUAGGUAGUAUAUAACUUCUACUUAGGUAGUAUAUAACCGCUACUUAGGUAGUAUAUAACCGCUACUUAGGUAGUAUAUAACCGCUACUUAGGUAGUUUAUAACCGCUACUUAGGUAGUAUAUAACUUCUACUUAGGUAGUAUAUAACCGCUACUUAGGUAGUUUAUAACCGCUACUUAGGUAGUAUAUAACCGCUACUUAGGUAGUUUAUAACCGCUACUUAGGUAGUGUAUAACCGCUACUUAGGUAGUGUAUAACCGCUACUUAGGUAGUGUAUAACCGCUACUUAGGUAGUGUAUAUAACCUAAGGGAAUUGCAGUGACACCUGGGAUUUACUCUUUUUAAAUAUGUGUAAGACAAAUGUUAGUAGCUACUAGGCUGACACAUUUCAAAUGAUAUCCUGUUUAAUUUAUUUAAUACUUUCCCAAAUGUUUCUUCUUCUAGCUUAUGUCCGUUUUAACCUCAUCUCCCCGAUGAUUCAGAAAUCUCCAGAGAAGUUAGUAUUUUAUUUGAAUACAAAACCCUUACUUAUUGGUUGUGGAUGUUGACAUAUUUUCUUUCAGUCACUCUAAAUGUGUAUGUAUUGUGGCCCUGUAGCCUGGUGCUGUUUGACAUCUUUGUGAACAUCCUGGCCCACAACCAGGCAGAGCCGGCCUACGAGGCUGACGUGGCCCAGCUGGAGUACAAACUGAUCGCCGGGGAACAUGGCCUGGUCAUCAGGGUCAAGGGCUUCAACCACAAGCUGCCUGUGAGUCUCACACAUGCACAAUACAUACAGAGCCACUCAGUAUGAACACACACAUAGAUGUUAGUGAUGGGGGGAAGAAAUCUAUAAAGUUACAUAUUGCGAUAUUAUUUUGGAUGAUAUUAUAUCGAUACUUUGACUCCAAGUAUCGAUUUGUUUAAAAAAAUGCUAGGUAGCGUAAGCUAGCGCUAGUCAGCUGCACCUGCACCCAAAAUGGCUGGUAUUUUUUCAAAAUAUAGCUUGUUCUCCAUCUUCUUUUUAUAUAUUGAGCCAAUAUGUUUUCAGAACUUUAUUUCCAUGACUGAUCAAAAAUAAUUUUCUCAUGCUCUCUCUAGUCUCUCUGCAGUAGACAUAUGGUGAGCAAUAUGUUUGGAACAUCGAAUCGCAAUAAAAUCACAGUAUCGAAUCAACAAUAUUUACAUUUACAUUUAUGUAAUUUAGCAGACGCUCUUAUCCAGAGCGACUUACAAAUUGGACUUACAAUACAUGUUGUAUCUGCACUUAAGUAUCAUGAUAAUAUCGUAUCGUAACGUCCCUGGCAAUUCCCAACCCUAAUAGACGCACAGAAUGUACACACACACACACCUACAGCUCUCCUGCACUCAUACUCAUUCUGCCUAUUCAUACAACCCCAAUCUAUAAACCCAUUCUGUACUCAACAAAUGUACCCUAGCUUCAGCCAGCCCUAAAGCUGACCUCCUGCCAACUCAACCUCCCUGCCUCUGUCCCUGUGCUAGUUACUGUUGAACCUGAUGGUGGACCGCCUGGCAGACUUCACGGCUGAGCCCGGCGUGUUCACCAUGUUCGCAGAGCAGCUGAAGAAGACCUACUUCAACAUCCUCAUCAAGCCAGAGAGGCUGGGGAAGUGAGUCUGAUUUCUGACACUGUGACUGCUAAACCCUCUAUAGGCUACAGCAGGGGUAGCCAACCCUGUUCCUGGAGUGCUGCAGGUACCGCAGGAUUUUGUUCCAACUAGGCACCACACCCGACCAACUGAGCUAAUUGAUCAGUUCAGUGAUUGCCUAAAUUCAACACACCUGACUGCUCAACCCUCUAUAGCCCUCAAACUCAACUCUGUACCUCGAUGCCAGUUCCACUCCAUUUUUUAAUUGUUCCCCUCUAAUCAGGGACUGACUCUAUAAGGUGACGAAAGUGUUCCACAGGGAUGCUGGCCCAUGUUGACUCCAAUGCUUCCCUCAGUUGUGUCAAGUUGGCUGGAUGUCCUUUGUGUGGUGGACCAUUCUUGAUACACAUGGGAAACUGUUGAGCGUGAAAAACCCAGCAGCGUUUCAGUUCUUGCCACACUCAAACCGGUGCACCUGGCAUCUACUACCAUACCCCGUUCAAAGGCACUUAAAUCUUUUGUCUUGCCCAUUCACCCUCUGAAUGGCAUACAUACACAAUCCAUGUGUCAAUUGUCUCAAAGCUUAAAAUUCCUUCUUUAACCUGUCUCCUCCCAUUCAUCUACACUGAUUUGAAGUGGAUUAACAGGUGACAUCAAUAAGGGAUCAUAGCUUUCACCUGGAUUCACCUGGUCAGUCUAUGUCAUGGAAAGAGCAGGUGUUCCUAAUGUUAUAAUGGUCAACAUUCACAAUCUAAUUCAACAAACAAAAUUGAAAAUGACUUGUACUUAUAUUGUCUAUUACUUAUAAUUCAUGGAGAAAAUUGUACAUUUUAUGUUUCCUCCCUUAGCUUGUGGCAAGCUGUGACAUACUAUGCUGCCAACUCUAACAUCAAUCAGACCUUUCCCCCAAAAGUAUACCAAAAAAAGUAUUCUCUCUCUCUCCUAUCUAAAUCAAAUCAAAUCAUAUUUUAUUGGUCACAUGCGCCGAAUACAACAGGUGCAGACAUUACAGUGAAAUGCUUACUUAACCAUCUAUCUCUCUCUCUCUCUCUCUCUCUCUCUCUCUCUCUCUCUCUCUCUCUCUCUCUCUCUCUCUCUUUCAGAAUGUGAGUCAGUUGUAAAGUGAUAAACUAGCUUAAACAGUAACAAUGAUAAAUUAUUUGAAUGGAUCUUCCCCCUCUCUCCUACCUCUCUCUCCCAAUCUCCUUCUCUCUUCCACACAAUCUCUCUCUCUCUCUCAGGGACGUGCGUCUGUUGAUCCUGGAGCACUGUCGCUGGUCGGUCAUCCAGAAGUACCAAGCCAUCAUGAAGGGCCUCACCGUGGAUGACCUCAUGACCUUUGUCAGCGGCCUCAAAGCCCAGCUGUACACCGAGGGGCUGGUGCAGGGCAACUUCACUAGCACAGUGAGCCGCUUUUAUAAAAACAGACACGCACACACACCGUCUCAGAUGUGCACGCGCGCACACACACACAUCCAACGACCUGAGGCAUGUUUUCUUUCUCACUCAAAAUCUUUUUUUCGCUUGUCUAGAGGACAGACUAAAAUAGCUGUUUAGCGCUAACUCUGGCACUCUUGCAUUGCAAUCUUUCUAGGAUGUUGAUUAUUGUCCUAAUCAAAUUGGUGAUGUGAAUUAAUAAAUUACUGUCCUGCUGCUAACCCUUAUCCUGGCUGACACAGAGACCAUGUGACACAGCGAGAGGAGCUGUGCCCCACUGGUCUGGAAAAGAUGAUUUUAUAAUUACAUAUUCUGCUCUUUUCAAUAAUGGACACAUUGAUUGAUUGAUUGAUGGAUUGAUUGAUUCUCUCGGAAAAAAAAAAAUUCUUCCUGCGGGGUUGAGACCUCUCGUUUUGAUUUAAAACUCCAACAGUUAUCAGCCAGACUAGCUAAACCUAAGAUAUGCUAAUUAUGCUAAUAGGCAUUUUGUAACUGUUCUUUGUCCAACAGGAGUCAAUUGAGUUUCUACAGUAUUUUAUUAAGUAAGUAUCCUCGCUCUCGUUCUGCUUGCCCAAUUUUCUGUCUUCUCUCUUUCUUAACACUCUCUCAAAGAACUUCUGUUUUCGGCACUAUUAAAAACAGUGUUUUGACUACAACGCACGAAAAGCACUCUCCAAAUGAAGUUAUUACUAUCAACAAACGCAGUACUUGCAAGGACUGAAGGUUAAUUCAACAAACGCAGUACUUGCAAGGAUUGAGACUUGUGGUUGUUAUUAUCUAAUUUGGUGAAUGCACUGAUUGUAAGUCACUCUGUAUAGGAGUGUCAGCCAAAUGACAACGUUAUCGAUAUUAUUCUGGUUAUCAAUAUUUUAUUGGUUAUCGAUAUUGUACUGCAUUGUUGAGGGAGCUAGCGCGUUAGCAUGUCACUGCACCUUUUAUACCUGCUGUAAACUCUGUACGUGACAAAUACAAUUUGAUUUGAUGUAAAAGCAAUCAUCUUCUACACUCUACAGCAAGCUGCAGUUCAAGCAUCUCUCCGUGGAGGUCCCUGUGCUCUUCAGAGCGGUUCCUCAGAAGCCUCACCUCUGCAAAGUAAAGUCCCUCAACAAAGGAGACGCCAACUCGGAAGUUACUGUCUACUACCAGGUACCCAACAUUCACACAACAUUCGCUCAACGUUAGUUAGGUGUAUUAUGGUUAGUAUUUUUAUGUCGAAAAAUAACCUGCCUCUUCCUGUCCUUCUCCAAUCAGGCUUGAAGAACCUGAGAGAACACACGCUGAUGGAGUUAUUGGUGGUGAGCGUUGUUGCGAACAAGGCUUGACUGGAAAACCUGAGUCGGUGAGUGGUGUUAUGGGUAAUGAAGUAUAUUUGCUGCUAUGUCCACAGAUGCACAUGGAGGAACCUUGCUUUGACUUCCUCAGGACAAAGGAGACUCUUGGGUUAGUUGUUUUUUUAUCUCUCCAUAACUCUGAAAAUGUGAAAAAGCUAUAUUUUAUACCACUAUAACAGCUAUAUACCACUAAAAUACCACUAUAGCACUUACUAGUUCAUAACUACUACUUGUUCAAAUAAAACAAUUCCUCUUACAGACACCCCAUCCCCACCUAGAGUAGAAGCUAAUUUUCACUACCUAACCGAGCCUUGUUGGCUGAUUUUUUUACCUCUGACCUUGUACCCAUCAGCUAUCAGGUGUACCCCACCUGCAGAAACACUUCCGUGAUCCUGGGCUUCUCCAUCACCAUGGAAACGGAGGCCACUAAGUUCAAGUGAGUCACCAGUUCACUUUUGCCAUUAGCACUGUACAUCUCAUACACUAGACUUGUGUCAUAUUCAAAUGACUCAAAUGUUAUUGCUAUAAAGUAACACGUGUGAUAUAGUUGAAUAUUCAGCAUGCAUAUGGAAACCCAGCUGGUAGUGUCAAGGUCAGUGACAGAUGAUGACGUGUUUGUUAGGGGCAGUUCAGAGGAGAAGGAUGGUAGCAUCAUAUUCAGGUCAGAUAGUAGCAUAGUUGAUAGUAGAGUUGUAUUAGAUGGUAGCAGUACAAUAUGCUGCUAAUUUAAGCCUUAGAAUAUUAUCACAAGUGCAAGAUUUAUAUAAAUAAGAGCACCUGUUCAUCAAAACAACUCUUGUUGCUGUUGUUUUGGGAGAUGCCAUCACCUUUUCCUUUUAAAAUAUAAAUGAGAGGUAGUCUGACGCUCCCCGUGUCCUGCUCUCUCUCUCUCUCCCAGCACGGACUACGUGGAGACCAAGAUUGAGGAGUUCCUGGUGAGCUUCGGAGAGAAGAUGACCAACCUCAUGGACGAGGCCUUCAAGACCCAGGUGACCGCUCUCAUCAAGCUCAAAGAGUGUGAGGACACACACCUGGGCGAGGAGGUGGACCGCAACUGGUUCGAGGUGGUCAGCCAGCAGUACAUCUUCGACCGCCUCAACAGAGAGGUAACCCGGUCACAGCCGCACAGUUUACUCGAACUCUCCGUCAUAAUGUCGACAUCAGGGGUGUCCUUCCCUCCUGAAGGUGUACUACUGUACACCGGUGUGUGUGUGUGUUUGUGUGUGCGUACGCUGUGUGUGUUAACCGUACCGUAUGGAGCACUCUGGGUCUGCAUCAGUCCAGGGGUCUGCAGGCUCAGGGUUUUCAGAGUGGAGGGCUGGGGGGGGGGGGGCACAGCGGGCAUGAGGGAUACUGGGGGCACAGCCCCUCCAUCAUUUACAUGCCAUGGCUGCUUCAGCUCACUGGCACCGGCACUAGGUGAAGGAGGGGGGGGCUGAAGCAUCUGGGGGAGAGAAAGGGUAAGGAGGUUAAUUCAUGCAUUGACUUAUCCUGUUCCUCUGUUCUGCAAAUUGAGGCUCUGAAGAUCAUCACCAAAGCAGAGCUGCUGUCCUGGUUCAUGGAGCACAGGGACGCCACCAGCAAGAAACUCAGCGUGCAUGUAAGUCUGCCAGCUCUGCAGUCCUCUGUGUGUGUGUGUGCAAGGGAGCACAUUAAGUGGUAUCCCCCUAUCAGCUCCUCCUCCAGAGCUAACUGUAACUCCUCCUCCAGAGCUUACUGUAACUCCUCCUCCAGAGCUUACUGUAACUCCUCCUCCAGAGCUAACUGUAACUCCUCCUCCAGAGCUUACUGUAACUCCUCCUCCAGAGCUAACUGUAACUCCUCCUCCAGAGCUUACUGUAACUCCUCCUCCAGAGCUUACUGUAACUCCUCCUCCAGAGCUUACUGUAACUCCUCUCCCUCUGUCAGGUGGUUAGCUUUGGAGAGGAGGAGAGCAACCAGGCAGGUCAGAGCAGCUGCAGCCCCAACCCCAGCCCCUCAGAGGGGGAAGAGGACCAAGGCCAGGCCCCUAAAACCUCUACCUACUCCUACGGAGAAGUCUCCAAGCUGACCUUCGUGCCCGCCUCGCCCAUGCUGGCCGACGCUACGCUCAUUGACGACAUCCGCUUGUUCACCUCCUCCCUCACCCUCUACCACUACCACAAAAGUAGAUCGGUUCCACACAUUGGUUCUGCAUUGCAGUAGGCGACUGAAGGAGCAGUGGGAGCCAUUUUGGUUCCGGAUGACUAGCCAGGGCAGGCCACAAUGCAGUGCAGUGGUGUCUUCUGAAGAGAAACUCGUAUCUCUGCUCCUCUCUUUUCUCCCUCUUCCUCCCCCAUCUCUCUCUUCAUCCACAUUAAUCAAAUAUCAACUGCAGUAGCAGGCACUAGUAUUAAUAAUGGCAUUCACCACUAGUCAGCUACACCAAAGCACUGUUAAAGAAAGGAAAUUGGUUGAGAGGUCAUCAGUUUGUCCUUUUGUUCUCCACAGUCCCUGAUUGAUUUAAUAGGAGGAACCAUCUUUGCUGUGAUUGGUAGUAGUAAAGACUCAGGGUUUGGCUGGCAGGAGGGUGGACAGAGAGGGUGGAAAAGAGGACGGAGAUUCUAUCAUAAUAUCUUCUUUCGUUUUAUUUGGACUUCUUCAUGUCACAGACACAUCUCCUCAUCGCUAACGUGGAAGAAGGAUUGCGUGUAUUUUAACAAUGGACAUCAGGGUUAACAUUUUACAUGUUCAUACUGUAAGAUUUUGUCGAUAGAAAAAUGUAGUAUGUUUGUCAUAAUGGUAAGGCAUGGUCAGUAUGUGACGUAGUUUCUGAUUUGUUUCCGAGGUAUUGUUUUAACUUUUAUUCUGUUGUAAAGAGGCUAAAGGGAAAACCUCACUUAAUGUAGGCUUAACAUUUCAGCCCCACCUCUGCCUUUUUAAAAUCACUGGACGACUGGCAUGUUUCAAUCUAUAGCCUGUUAUUAUCAUUAUCUUUCAAUGGAAAUAUUUAUUAAAAGUGAAUGUAGGAUA